GGCAAAAAUCUGCGUGAAUUUCGUGAAUUCUGGAAUAAUUUCGCUUAAUUCCAGAGCAAAUUAGUAUCACCAGCAACACCGCAGCCAUUCUCUUGGAAAAGUGCCGGAAUUGGUGGAAAAAUCUGCAAAAAUGUCGAAUUUGAAGCCGCUGCAGUGUCUCAAUUUAGAUAAAUCGCAACAGAAAGCAUUCAUGGAAUUCUACACCACACUCGGAGAGAAACCAUCCACCACGAUAAGAAUAUUCGAGCGUUCCGAGUACUACAGUUGCCAUGGAGAAGAUGCCCUUCUUGUGGCAAAGUUGGUGUUCAAAUCUACCAACUCGGUGAAAAUUAUGUCCUCGGAAUGCAUCGAAUUGCCGUACAUUUCAUUAAGCAAAUCCAACUUCGAAGCCCUUAUCCGAGAUUUACUGCUUGUCCGCAACUAUAGAGUUGAAGUUUAUACGAAAGCAAAGCAGAAAAAAUCCUCCAACGAGUGGCAUGUUGAGUUUAAAGGCUCGCCGGGCAAUUUGGCCCAUUUCGAGGAUGUCUUAUUCAGCGAUACUAAUGCAAUGGUCAGUGGUUCGGCUCUAAUUGCUCUACAAGUGCGCCAUGAAGCACGUGUCCGUCUAAUUGGCCUAGGAUACAUCGAAGCCAAUGAAUGGACCAUGGCUGUUGUGGAAUUCGUCGUCGAUGAUUUCUACUCUGAGUUUGAGGCUCUCAUUGUUACUCUCUGCCCUAGGGAAUGUCUUCUUCCAACCCUAGGUGGCGAGUAUGAGAAGAUAGAGCAAAUCUUGAAACGGAAUAAUGUGAUCGUCACGGUGCGGAAGAAAAAUGAAUUCCUUAAGAAUGCUACGGAAAUUAAAGACAAUCUGGAUAAAUUGAUACGCUUCCGCGAAGGGCAACAGCAGAACGCAAACAUUGUCCCGGCGAUGUCAAAUACAUUCGCCUUGAUGUCUUUGGGAGCCGCUAUAAGUUAUCUGGACCUCUUGCGCGAAUCUGGAAAUCAUGGGAAAUUCCAGCUCAAUUUGCUUGAUUCCAAACGUUACGUCCAUUUAGAUGCAGCAGCAGUUUCGGCACUCAAUCUGUUUCCCAAACCAGGCACAAUGACAAAUUGCAGAACUUACCAUUGGCGAAGCGUACUCGGCGUACUCGAUAGAUGUCGCACUCCGCAAGGACACCGGUUGGUGGCUCAAUGGAUUAGGCAACCGCUUCGAGACCAUGCAAUUAUCGACAACCGCCACGACAUCGUGGAAUGUUUUGUCAAAGAUUCAGCGUUGCGUACUGAACUGUACGACAAUCAUCUAAAAAAGCUUCCCGACAUUCAGCUUAUCCUCAAACGUCUCGUUCGCCGAAAGUCAUCUUUACAUGACCUUUUCCGUUUGUAUCAGGUGACUUUACGAAUGCCCAAAAUUUUAAAUUUACUUGCCUAUGGUGUUACGGUGAACUCACCCACUAUCAUGAAGAUAAUCUACGAACCACUGAAGGACACUGUUGCGGAUUUACAACUUUUCAAAUCGAUGGUGGAACAGAUUAUCGAUUUGGAGGCGAUAGAACGUGGCGAAUAUCUUGUGAAGGCAUCGUUUGAUAGGGAACUCGAAGAAAAAAAAAUGCAAAUGGAUGAUCUGGAGUCAAAAAUGAAGCGCCAAUUAUCUGCAGUUGCCAGCGAUAUCGGACUUGAAGCUGGUUCUUCUAUCAAACUGGAGUUUGUUAGCCAUCUUGGAUUUCAUUUUCGCAUAACGCUCAAGGACGAGACAGCAAUACGAAAAAAUUCCCACUAUAGGGUGCUAGACACUGUUAAAGGAGGCGUUAGAUUCACAAACAGCCAAUUGACUGAUCUUAGUGAAUUGUUUUGUGAGCUCAAAAAAGAAUAUGAAGACCAACAGCAAACUAUUGUCUCUGAGGUAAUACGUGUUGCUAUUGGAUAUGCAGAGCCCUGGUCAAUAUUGAAUAACCAAAUCGCGCAGCUUGACACCUUGGUCGGUUUUGCCGUCGCUGCGGUAUCGGCACCCCUUCCUUAUGUGCGACCAAAAAUGCAUCACCACGGCCCAACAGUUCUGAAACUGACACAGAUUCGCCAUCCAUGCUUGGAGUUACAGGAGGAUAUUAAUUUUAUCCCAAAUGAUGCCAUAUUUGAUUCUGAAACAGCGAACAUGCAUAUUAUAACAGGACCGAAUAUGGGUGGUAAAAGCACGUACAUCCGAUCGGUCGGUGUAGCCGUACUAAUGGCUCAUGUCGGUGCGUUCGUAGCCUGUGAAACUGCAGAGCUGUCAAUCAUGGAUACGAUACUAGCACGCGUUGGAUGCGCUGAUAAUCUCUCCAAAGGGCUUAGCACAUUUAUGGUUGAAAUGAUAGAGACUGCUAGUAUAGUUAGGAGCGCAACUCCAAAAUCUCUUGUCAUCAUCGAUGAACUUGGUCGCGGAACAUCGACCUACGAGGGUUGCGGUAUUGCUUGGUCAAUCGCUGAGUGGCUUGGGCGAGAGAGCAAAUGUUUCACGCUCUUCGCAACCCAUUUUCAGGAAAUAACAGAUAUGGUCAACUAUUUACCCAACGUUCGUAACUCUCAUAUGAAUGCCAUCGUUGACAAUGAACGUUUAACUUUAUUAUACCAAGUAAAGAAGGGCAUUAUGCAGAAAAGUUUUGGAAUACAAGUAGCUAAACUUGCAAAUUUUCCUUCCGUAGUUGUUGAGCUAGCGCAACAAAUGUACGAUGAAUGUGAGGAUCAAUGGGGUAAUCUGGAAGAAAAAAAUGAUGAAAAGGGAUUACAACUUUUACAAAAAUGCUAUGAUGAAAUAAUGGAAUUCAAUGUGAAUCAGCCGCAAAGCUUAACUCCUGGGUUACUACACGAACUGCGAUCUUUGCUGGGCCAUUGAUGAGAUCAAAUAAUGAUACUAAGCUAUUGCACUAUCACGAAUAAUUAGGUCUUACGAAUGGUGGCUUUUACACAAAAUGGAGAAUUGAAAAAUAUUAAAAUAUGAUUCAGUAGGAUGCAUGCAGCAACGAUUCUGCCGAAAAAUAAAUAGACGACGAAGGAACGAUAAAGUGUUUAUUUAAAUUUGGAUAUUCAUGCUGAGUAAGAAUUUGAGUAAAAUCUAUACAUGUGAAAACGAAUAACUGAACGCAGUUUUUUUUGUAAAU